UAAUGAUGCCUUUCUUUACUGCAGGUCAGCCAGUGUCCCUGGAAGCUCAAAUAUGGCUGCUGGCAGCAAUCGCCGGCUCCAGCAAACUCAGCACCAAGUAGAUGAGGUUGUUGACAUCAUGAGAGUGAAUGUGGACAAGGUAUUGGAGCGAGAUCAGAAGCUGUCAGAGCUGGAUGAUCGCGCUGAUGCCCUGCAAGCAGGGGCUUCCCAGUUUGAAACCAGCGCAGCCAAGCUGAAGAGGAAGUACUGGUGGAAGAACUGCAAGAUGUGGGCAAUAUUGAUAGCUGUUGUUGUCAUUAUCAUCAUCAUCAUUAUUGUCUGGAGUGCGGCUCCAUGAGUUACAAGAAGAAACUCAGUUCAACUGAAGGUGCCUUUGAGAAUCUUCUUCAGCCUCUCCACUUCAAACCUGAUGCCUUCUCAGCCCAUUUACUGCUAUUUAAAGCAAAACUAUUUUGAUUACCGAGAUGUUAA